GCGGUGUGACUUGGAUAAAACUGGUCUCACCUGAAAGAUUAUUUAAGGCAGACGCUACCGGCCCCUGCAUAGUAGCGUCUGCGAAACUAGCUAUACCUGACGCUACCAUAGGCAAUUCCCUCGUUUCCACAGUUGAAGAUGGCGGCGGAAGAGUUGUGGCGCAGGCUCCAUUGAGUGACGCUAACACAGUUUGAGAGACGGCAGAGACGAUCCGUUGAACCGUUUCGUCAGGAACAGUUGUCGCUGGAGAUGCUGCAUCAGGUGCUGACGUUGUGGCCACGGAGGAAGACGCCUCGCAACUGACUCCACUUGACUCUGGUUGCUGCAUAGUGGUGGCACUGGCGGUUGCUGUUCUUCGCCGAGAGGGUGGACGACGUUGUGCUGCUGGUUGCGCACGACGUUGAACUCUUGUGCUAGGCCGAGUAGCUGGCAUUCUGAAAGAAAAAACUAAAGACCGAAGACAGGCAGGCUUUGCUUAACGGGAGCCAUAUCAGGCCCUGGAAUAUUAGACAAGAGGAAUUUUGGAAAGUAACAGACAUCAUAUUGCACAACUAUUUACAUAUUCAUGCAACGGUGACAAAUAAAAGCAGCAGAAUAAUCAUGGCAUACAGCGAAGGUAGCCGCAAUUGGUUAUCCUUUCACGCCGCAAAAAAAUAAUAUAAAAGGGCAAUCUGGAAACAACAUGCCGCACCGUCCCACAAUAUAUUGACAACAACCUUGGGCAUCUGAAAACAAUAUUUGCUCUAUCCCACUUAGGCAUGCAUUUUUUCCUUGACACAGGAGCGGCAAGUCAUAUAUACCUAUACUAUAGAAAAGACAUUUAUAUACAACACAAGUAAACUACAAGAACACUCCACACACAUGUACUCUACAUGAAACAAAACAGAUACAUCAACUAUUAAAGAAGCUGCGAAUUGUACGUAUAUAUAACCAGCUCAAAUCAUGAAUAUGUCCAGUGUAGAAAAAACCCAAUGUUGAAGUCUCAACGUGGGCAUCUGAAAACAAUCAUGUUGCUAUAGCCCAUAUAACAUAAACAUAUAGUAGUGGUACAUAAACGGCAACCACAUACACAGGGGUAAAAUAUAAAAGAGUAUAUAAUAUAGUGCACCAAAAUUAUCAAACAAUUAUGCAAUAAUAAUGUCUGUACCAACGGCGUAAAAUGAACACAUAUUGGAGCUAAGGACUAUAACAUGGUGAGAGCUUUCAAGAUGGCCCCACGAUAGCUACGGUAUAAACAGUACUGUCCCUGUGCAUUACAGUGCACACCAUCUGAGGACAACAAGAGACGAUCAGGGUGAGAAAACUCCCUAUGUUCCCACACAAAAAUGCCUUGUUCCUCAGCAAGGACAACAGACAGGUACUGGCGUAAAAGAGCGGCUUUGGUAUUAAACACAUUAUCAGGUGCCUGAGUGUGAGGCAGAUUCCGAUUAAUCACUUGGCACACAGCAACAACGCGAACUUUAUACUGAUCGCGCAGAACGUGCACAAGAUCAUUGAGUUUCGACCCCACUACUUCAGGGGUGUGACCUGACAAAUCGUUAGUGCCCAUUUCGAGAAUCACGAUAUCGGGCUUAUACUUUUUGACCCAUGAGAGAUCAUAUUUAAGCACUUUAUCUACGGUUCUGCCACCCGUACCCAACAAAGAAACAUUGCCCGAUUCGGGUAGAUGAAAAUUUGGGGCAGCGUGUAAAUCAAAGUGCGCUUCCAAGUCGUCCCGUAAACGACGGACAAAGGAAUGCCCGAGAAGUAAAAUAGUUGGAACACACCCAGACAUUACAACUUUCAGAUAUAAAAUGAAAGAAAAUUUACCUGAUGGAAAAACUUGACUUUAAAAUACAGACGACUUUGCGCUACCAAAGCGAAGAGCAGAAUGAACCAGAUGCGCAUUCUGCUAUAGAUAUGUAUCACCUCUCCCUUCAGUUUUCCUUCUUCAUUUUGUUGUCUUUGACCACGCUCAUCGGCGUCUGUUUGUCCUUGCUCCUCCGUAUGAACUUCUUCAUUUUGUUGUUUUGAAAACGCUGAAAAAUAUAUGCAAAAUGUGAGAAUAUGGAUUGAUAGAUUGACAAGAUUAUUGAAGAGCUUAGGAAAGCAACGAUUUUAAUCAUAUAUUUUUUUAAUCAUAUAUAUUUUUUAUACAUAAUAUCAAACCCUGCACGUUGAUAUCAAUAAUUUUCCUCACAAUUCAAUAAUUGCCUCACGCCCCUAUCCCUGUCAAUCAAGCCACUGGCACCAUAUUUGAAUGCAAUCACCUACAGUCACAUGAUCAUGCUACUGAAUAAAUCCUACUCCACCCCUUCCAUCAUAAGCAUUCAAACUCAGUAUACCAUUGAGUCAGUUUUACCCCGAAAGGACUAGCAAAUUACUUCGCUCCUAAAAUAACGUUAAAGAUGAACAAUAAAGUACGUAAUGUUGGAAUGUCCCGCAACGACAAGACCUUUGGUAGGAUAAUUUACUAAUAACAUAUUCAGUAAUUUCAUCCUUUUCACUUUCUUUCAACCUUCAUUUUUGUACUGUGUAAUUCAUAAUAACUUCGUAAUAAUUUGUUUUCUCUGGUUUCACAUAUGUUCAGUGCUCCCAAACUCUCCUGCAUUCUAGUUUCACUCUGCAAACUCUAUACCCCCCUUAAAAAACCCUGUUGAAGAAGACUGUUAGGUCGAAACACGUACAGGGUUGCCUUUUCUAUUCCAAUUCAAUCUCUCGCUGUUAUAUAUCCUCGCCCUCAUCAUGUCACAUAAAAUUCACAUAUUCAGUUACUAUCUAAUCGUAGUUUCCCUUGUUUUUUGCAUAUAUGUUCACCAUCACAGGAGUCGGAGUAAAUAAAUAAAGGAUAACCAUUUGACCUACUGGUCCUCAUUAUUUUGGCUACACAAUGUCUUACACCAGUACUUGUCCAAUUACCUAUUUCAUACCAAUGAAUGAAUGUGAAUGUAGAAAGUCUGGUACCUGAUUAGACUUUCCUAUCUAAUUCAAUAUACCAGCGGGGCAGCUAGACAAGAUAUUGAGAACUGCGUAAUCUACCUGGCGGAUGUUGGCUACGAGAAAGCCAAAGAAAUUUUACAUAAGAACUUUGCUCAAAAACAUAACAUCGUACAAGCGUUUGUUGAGAAAGUUGUAAGAGGACCACAAAUUAAAUCCGGUGAACAUUUGGUCGACUUUGUGGAAAAGUAUGCCGCAAUAGCCAAUACCACAUUUGGUAAGCUGGUCGGAUCGAAGCCAGAAGGAGAUGUUAAGCCAAAACCCAAAGUAAGGGAACCUGUUCUUGAUCCCGGCAGAGUAUCAACAUUUGGAACACAGCAUGCCGAAACACAAACUGGUGGUGACAAUUCGAAUGAUCGUAAAUCGCAGCAAAGAAGUAGGCAGUGUUUACUGUGUGGAGCAUCAAAUCACGACUUGGAAAAAUGCUACAAGUUGAGGCAGAUGUCUUACCAAGAACAAUUAGAAUUUACAUGGACAGAAAACUUGUGUCACAAUUGUUUAAGAAAGAAUCAUUUUGCAAGACGAUGUAGAUUGGGUCCGGCAUGUAUGUUGAGUGGCUGUAAUGUUCGACACCAUUCCCUGCUUCAUUUACCAGUUAAUCCACCAGAGAGCACAGCAAGCUCUGAAAAAGAUCAGCAAGAAUCCCCUCAGCGUAGUAACAAGGCCAGAAAUUCUGGACAUUGUGGAGCAGCAGCGAAGAAGAAACCAAGGGUAUGUUUAAGAAUACUUCCAGUAAGAAUCACCAACAACGAUGGCACUCGUCAAGUGGAUACGUAUGCCUUUAUUGAUAACGGAUCAGAUACGACACUUUGCAUGAACAGUUUAGUAGAGAAGCUUCACCUGAAACAUGAACCAACUGAAUUUUCCCUAACAACAGUCAAUGCUCAGGACAAGAAGAGACAUGGUCUAGAAGUGGAGCUGAAGGUGCAAGCUUUGAAAGGUGAAGGCGAACUACAAUUAGAUUGUGUAUGGAGUGUUGACCGUCUACCUAUUUCAGAAAGAAGUAUCCCUGAGGUGGACGAUAUUGGCCAUUGGUCUCACCUGAAUGAUAUCGAAUUCCCCAAGCUCAAUGACAAAGAAGUCAGCAUCUUGAUUGGAAGUGACGUUCCGGAAGUUCAUUGGACAUUGGAGGAAAGAUGGGGAGGACCUAAAGAACCAGUGGCAGUUCGUACGAUACUUGGUUGGACGCUGUUUGGUCCUAUAGGAAGUGGAACUAGCAUGGAAGGAAAUAUUAAUUUUGUACAGAUCGAUCAUGGUGAAGAAAUAACACAUCAGUUAGAACGAUUAUAUAACAGUGAGUUCAAUGACUUACCCUUGAAUGGAGGUAAACCUAUGUCGAUCGAAGACCGUCGAGCUCUUACUAUUAUGGAAAAAUCUGUACAACAAGUCGAUGGUCACUAUCAAAUAUCUCUACCGUGGUGUUAUAGUCCACCGUGUUUACCAGACAACAAAUUAUUAGCUGAGAAGAGACUCCAACAACUUCAAAGGCGAUGAAAGUAUGAUGAACAACUGAAACAGAAGUACAGGAAUGUUAUUGAUGAUUAUGUUGUCAAAGGUCAUGCUAGAAGAGUUCCUGAACCUGAGAUUGAUUCGAGUGAUAAACCCCUUUUGUAUCUGCCUCACCAUCCUGUAUUACAUGCCAAGAACCCAGGAAAAGUCAGCCAUGUUUGACUGUUCGGCACAAUAUAAGGGAACAUCGCUCAAUGAUCAGCUACUAAGUGGACCGGAUUUAACAAAUUCACUUGUUGGGGUUCUACUCCGCUUCCGUCAGGAAUCAAUUGCUAUGAUGUCGGAUGUUGAACAGAUGUUUCAUCAAGUCCACAUAGAUCCAAAAGACCAGGAUGCCUUCAGAUUCUUGUGGUGGCCAAAAGGUGAUCUGAAAGCGAAAGCAAAAUAAUUCCAAAUGCUUGUGCAUUUGUUCGGUGCCACCUCGUUGCCAAGCUGUGCAAAUUUGCAUUACGGAAAACAGCCAAAGACAAUUGAAAGGAUUUUGACUUAUCAGUUAUCUAGACAGUGAAUCGUAAUUUUUACGUAGAUGAUUGUCUAAAAUUGAUUGAAAGAGCACUUCACUUGGUAAAAGAAUUACCAUGGUUGCUGGAACGAGGGGAUUUAAUCUUACAAAGUGGGUAUUGGAUCGUUGAGAAGUUACUACCGCCAUACCAGUAGAGAAAAGAGCUUCUGUGGUUGAUUUAGAUUUGGAGAAAUCGCGGAUCGAUCAAGCCUUGGGGCUUCACUGGGACAUAUAUAACGAUAUGUUUGGCUAUAAAGUUGGAAAACGUGAGGCUGUUGAUACGCGAAGGAAGUUUUUAUCAUUAGUCUCAUCAAUAUACGAUCCUUUGGGAUUGCUGCACCGUUGUUGUUACCAUCCAAGACGAUCUUACAAGAUCUAUGCAGAAAUCGGAUUGGUUGGGACGAAAUAAUUCCACCUGAACUUUCAGAGAAUUGGGAGAAAUGGAUUGAUAAUCUACCUGGUCUUGAGCGACUUGCCAUUCCACAUUGUUUGAAACCCGAAACCUUGGGUAGACUUUCUUCCAUUGAGUUACAUUAUUUUGCUGAUGCUUUGGAGAUCGAAUAUGGGGCAGUUUUGUAUCUUCGUUUGGUUGACGUGUCGGGAUCCAUACAUUGCGUCCUCCUGACGGGAAAGUCACGUUUUGCACUGCUAAAACUACUUACUAUCCCAAGAUUGGAACUUUCUGCAGCAACAGUCGCAGUUAAGCUACAUAAGUUGAUCUCAUAUGAGUUGGAACUACCGAUUCAUGACACAGUAUUCUGGACGGAUUCUACCAUCGUCAUACAAUAUAUAGGGAAUGAAGCUAGACGAUUCCAGACCUUUACAGCUAAUAGAUUGGCACUGAUUCAUGAGAUCUCAACACCUAACCAAUGGAGACACGUUCCCUCGAAUGGAAUCCUGCAGAUUCAGCGUCUCGUGGGUUGGAGAUGAGUGAUUCAAAGAAACUUAGCAGUGGCUUAAUGGACCCUCAUUUUUGUGGGAAGCCGAAUGUUUCUGGCCAGAGCAACCUGCUGACUUGAUUGAAUUGGCUGAUGAUGAUGAAGAGUUGAAGAAGAAGUCUUUCAAUAUACACUAUAUUACAGAUCAUGAUUGGCGUUUAUAGUUUGUUGAACCAAUUUUCCACUUGGACGAAACUUGAAGCCUUGAUUGCCUGCUUUCUUCGUUUCAAGACAUUUAUACUCGCUAUGCUUAAAACCUCGAGAUCAAGAAAUAUGACUUGUGGACCACUUAGAGUUUACAAACUACAUCACAGCACACAUGAAAUUGUUCGUUUGGUUCAAGAGUUGACAUUUCCCAAGGAACUAGAACUUAUUCAGACUGGGAUAGGUGACAGCUUGGGUAAAGUUCUUGGAGGUACAGGCUAUUUAAGUCCAUUGAGAAAGCUUAAUCCGAUUAUUGUUGAUGGUGUCCUGAGAGUUAGUGGUCGUUUAUAGAGAGCCUCGAUUGGUUACAACGCUUCUCACCCAGUGAUUCUACCUCAGAAAUAUCCAAUGACCCAGUUGAUAAUUAACCACUACCAUCAGAUGGAAGGCCAUGUUAGUAGCAGCCAAGUCUUGGCCACAAUUAGACAAAGAUUCUGGAUUCUGUAACGUCCGAGUGCGGUUAAACAAGUAGUGCGGAGGUGCUUUACAUGUCGUCGUUGGAAUUCACACCUGAUAGAGCAAAUGAUGUCUCUGUUGCCAGAAGCAAGAGUCACUCCAGAAGAACCAGCAUUCUCAUCAGUUGGUAUCGACUAUUUUGGCCCACUGUGAAAUUAAAGCGAAGCAUCAAAACGAUAUGGAUGUGUAUUCACUUGUCUUAUUAUCCGGGCUGUCCAUAUCGAGGUAUCUUACGAUUUAAGCACAGAUUCCUUCAUACAAGCCUUUAUGAGGUUCGUCAGCUGACGUGGUCCUCCUACCAAGGUCUUCAGUGACAAUGGUACAAAUUUUAAAGGUGCGGAAACAGAGAUAAAGGAAGCUUUGACAAAAAGGAAUCAGGAUCAUAUUUCUCGUUCUUUGAGAAGUCGUGACAUUGAAUGGAAUUUUAACCCACCAGCUGCAAGCUACGCGGGUGGUGUCUGGGAAAGGAUUAUCCGAUCAAUCAGGAAAAUAUUGCGUUCGUUGAUGACAGAUCAGUUGGUGAAUGAUGAAACUCUUGCAACAAUUUUGGCAGAAGUCGAGAAAAUCCUGAAUGAUUGACCUUUGACCAGACUUAGUGAUGAUCCUAAUGAUUUAGAACCAUUGACUCCGAAUAAAUUGUUGUUAUUAUGUCCAAAUCCUUGCUAUCAACCCAUUGAAUUUGGCGAAACUACUUUGUACAACAAGAAAUGGAAACAAGUCCAGUAUCUUGCCUCCAUAUUUUGGAAGUGUUGGAUUAAGGAGUACUUACCUACUUUACAAGAACGUCAGAAAUGGUUACAUCCUAGACGAAAUGUUGUACCUGGUGAUUUCGUUUUAGUCAUGCAAGAGAAUGUUCAACGUGGACAGUGGCCAAAAGUUAUAGUUGAAGAAGUAUUCCCUGAUGAAUAUGGUCAUGUUCUGCAUGAUUACGAUGUGACGUGGGGAAACUGUGUUUGUUAG